AUUUACUUACAUGCAAUUCUUACAGUCUCUCUCUCUCUCUCUCUCUCCUCUCUAUCUAUGUAUCUGCAACGAUUUGAUUGAACAUCACAAAGCCUGAGCUUCCCCUUUCCCUCGACACAAUUUUCCAAAACCCUCAGACCAUUUUUGCAGCUGUAUCUCUGAUCAUUAUAUUCCCUCUCCUUUCUUCCUUUCCUUCUUCUUCUUCUUCUUCUUUUUCACUUCUCCAUCUUCUUCUUUAUUUCAGUUUCACCUAUGUCGGUGUAUCCAUAGCUUCAAAAUUUCUUCACCCUCCACCCAUUUUCAUACUCUUCUUUACUAGUGAGCUAUGGCUAUGGCUAUGGCGAUUUGUGACCAAAGAUUUGUCCUUUUUGGAUUCCUCGUGGUUUUCAGCCUAACCUUAACCUCUGCUCGCAGUGAUAAUGGAGCAACCUUGUUGGAGGUGAAGAAGUCAUUCAAAGAUGUGGAUAAUGUCCUGUAUGACUGGACGGAUUCUCCAUCUUCAGACUAUUGUUCUUGGAGAGGGAUCACGUGUGAUAACGUCACCUUCGCUGUUCUUACACUCAAUCUUUCUGGUUUGAAUCUUGGGGGAGAAAUCUCACCAGAAAUUGGACAGCUUCAAGCCUUGCUCUCCAUUGACUUGAGGGGAAAUAUGCUUUCUGGACAAAUCCCAGAUGAGAUUGGAGAUUGCUCAUCUUUGCAAAGCUUGGACCUUUCAUUCAAUGAGCUCUAUGGAGACAUUCCUUUCUCCAUCUCCAAGCUGAAGCGUCUUGAGAAUCUAAUUCUGAAGAACAAUCAAUUAAUUGGCCCGAUCCCUUCGACACUAUCCCAAAUUCCCAGCUUGAAAAUCCUGGACUUGGCUCAAAACAAUCUGAGUGGAGAAAUUCCGAGGCUGCUGUAUUGGAAUGAAGUUCUUCAAUACCUGGGGCUUCGAGGGAAUAGCCUGGAGGGCACACUUUCUCCUGAUAUGUGCCAAUUAACAGGGCUUUGGUACUUCGAUGUUAGAAAUAACAGCUUGAGUGGCACCAUUCCUGAUAGCAUAGGCAACUGCACUGGCUUCCAGGUUCUAGAUUUGUCGUACAAUGAUUUCACCGGGGAGAUACCAUUCAAUGUUGGAUUUCUUCAAGUCGCUACCUUGUCCUUGCAAAGUAACCGGUUUACGGGACAAAUCCCCUCUGUAAUUGGCUUGAUGCAAGCGCUCGCUGUGCUAGACCUCAGUAAUAACAUGUUGAGUGGAACGAUCCCGCCGAUUCUUGGAAACUUGACGUAUACUGAGAAACUAUAUCUCCACGCCAACAAACUGACUGGGUCGAUUCCUGCAGAGCUGGGAAAUAUGUCGAAGCUUCACUAUCUCGAACUUAACGAUAAUAUGCUCACUGGACAUAUUCCUCCGGAGCUUGGGAAACUUACCGAAUUAUUCGAUUUAAAUGUUGCGAAUAACCACUUGGAGGGAUCGAUUCCAGAUAAUCUUAGCUCAUGCACAAAUCUGAAUAGCCUAAAUGUUCACGGUAACAAGUUGAACGGAACUGUUCCUCCGGCUUUUCAGAAACUCGAAAGCAUGACCUAUCUGAAUCUAUCCUCGAACAAUAUUGGGGGAUCGAUUCCGAUCGAGUUGUCACGGAUAGGAAAUUUGGACACUCUAGACCUCUCGAAUAACCGGAUCAGUGGUUCGAUGCCGGCCUCUCUCGGGGAUUUGGAACAUCUCCUAAAACUCAAUUUAAGCAAUAACAAAUUGUCGGGAUUCAUACCUUCGGAGUUCAGCAACUUGAGAAGUGUUAUGGAAAUCGACCUCUCAAAUAAUCGCCUCUCCGGUCGAAUUCCUCAAGAACUCGGCCAGCUUCAGAAUCUCUUCGAGCUGAAUCUGGAAUUCAACAAUAUAUCCGGCGAUGUAAUGCCGCUCGCAAGUUGUCUUAGUCUCACAAUGCUGAACGUUUCGUACAAUAAUCUUGCUGGUUAUGUUCCUACCGGGAAUAACUUUUCGAGGUUUUCACCAGAAAGUUUCUUAGGCAAUCCUGAUCUCUGCGGCUAUUGGCAUAGUUCUUCCUGCCAUGCUCCUCGAACAGCCGAGCGAGUUUCGAUGCCGAAAGCUGCUAUACUCGGGAUAGCUCUCGGCGGUUUAGCCAUUCUUCUUUCAAUCCUAGUCGCCGCGUGCUGGCCUCACGGUCCAAAACUAUUUGACGACGGCAACAGGACGCUCGACAAACCAGUUCAUUACGCCUCUCCGAAGCUCGUGAUCCUCCACAUGAACAUGGCGCUCCAUGUCUACGACGACAUUAUGAGGAUGACGGAGAAUCUGAGCGAGAAAUACAUAAUCGGGUAUGGCGCGUCGAGCACGGUGUACAAAUGCAUGCUAAAGAACUGCCGUCCUGUCGCAAUCAAGAGGCUCUACUCUCACUACCCACAUUGCCUCAAGGAAUUCGAAACCGAGCUCGAAACGAUCGGGAGUAUCAAGCAUCGUAACCUCGUCGGGCUCCAAGGAUACUCGCUUUCGCCGUACGGGAAUCUUCUCUUUUACGACUACAUGGAAAACGGAAGCCUUUGGGACCUUCUCCAUGGAAAAAUGAAGAAGAAAAAGCUCAACUGGAAUGCGCGCCUCCGAAUCGCGCUCGGUUCCGCGCAGGGCCUCGCGUAUCUACACCACGAUUGCAACCCGCGGAUCGUCCACCGCGACGUCAAGUCAUCGAAUAUCUUACUCGACAAAGACAAUGAAGCCCACCUCACGGACUUUGGGAUCGCCAAGAGCUUGUGCACGACGAAGACCCACACGUCGACGUACUUAAUGGGAACGAUCGGGUACAUCGAUCCCGAAUACGCUCGCACUUCCCGUUUAACGGAGAAGUCUGACGUCUACAGCUUCGGCAUCGUUCUCUUGGAGUUGCUCACGGGGCGAAAACCAGUUGACAACGAGUCGAAUCUUCAUCAUCUAAUACUUACGAAGGCGGCGAACGAUUCGGUGAUGGAAACGGUCGAUCCCGAGAUCAACGAAACGUGUAAGGAUUCCGGAGAUGUCCGGAAGCUUUUCCAGCUGGCUCUUUUAUGUACGAAGAGACAGCCGUCGGAGAGGCCGGCAAUGCACCAAGUUGUGAGAGUGCUACUAAGCCUGGCGCCGCCGGAACUCGACUCGGCGUUGCCGGCGCCGCUGCCGGUGGCGAAGUGCUACGUGGACGAAUAUUUGAACCUCAGAACGACGCCGCAUUUGGUUAACUGCCCGUCGAUGAGCACGUCGGAUGCACAACUGUUCCUUAAAUUUGGAGAAGUGAUUUCUCAGAAUAGUGUGUAAUUUUGUAUUGUACUAUGACAGGAAUGAAUUAAUUAUUAAGGUUGUAGAAGUAAAUGAAUGAAUGGGACACGAAAUGGAAGAAGAGGGUUUUGUUUUGUUUAGUAUAUAGUCACUUUUCUUAUCUCAAA